AUUUACGAUAACAGUAGUAGUAAGCUGAGCUCCGUCUUUUCAUGUCCCUCUAAUGUGGUUCCGUCUGUCUGCGCGCCGAAUGUAAUCCGAAGAGACGGCGCUCAGCUUCGGCACUGUGCAUGCGGGAAAAAUCAGAAUCAAUCUUCCCACCCGUAUCGCGUCAUAUCGUUGGUCAGGGUAAUUAAAAUCCAUAAUCGAGUGAAUCAUUUCAAGGUUUCCUUGAAGGAAAUUAUGAUUAAUCUCAGAAUGAACAACAGAAACUCAAAGACCCAAAACUGCCACUGACGAAGCAUGAUGAACACUGUUGAUGAGGAUGUUUUGUCCCGGCUAAACGCUGGUGAGGUUAAGGUCCCACCUGACAAACCUGAGGCUGACCUGCUUCGGGUUCCACGCCAAGAGGUAGAAAUCUCGAAAUGCAGCAGUGAGAAUACUCACCAGGUGAAGCAGCUGAUGGAUCAGACUGAUAUUGUCUCUGAUUUUGGUCUUCCUGCGACACAACAAAUGUUCAGUGGACAAAGUGAUUCUUUACCUGCUUCAACUGGAUCUUUAGACGAUCCUGUAUGGCUAACAGUAGAAAACUGUAAAAGAGCCAUGUUGUUCACUGCAACGAUAGAAUCUGACUUCUUCAACAGUGGAUUUGUUUCUUCAUCGAAUCGAGCACUCCCGGAGAUGGACCGAAGAGUCCUAACGCUAGCUGCAACGACGGAUGUUGUAGAAGGUGUAUUCUUCUCGAUCGCCUUCAUGAAGGGGUCCACGAUGUAUGUGCGUUAUUUUGAAAGCGGAUGCCUUUCUGGUGCUAUGUCAUCCAUGACUGAGGUUCUUCAGAAAUCGGAAUCCACAGUCACACAACUUUUCCGUUAUAGAAUUUUCACCCAAGAAGACUUGGACAUGAAAAUACAACAUCUGAAACAUGCAGCUACUAACAGAAGCAGAUCACACACUGAAGAUGGGGACACAGGACUCAAGAGACAACGCUACAGCCAGUAUUUUCGAACAAAAUACAAUGGGUGUAAGGAUGCGUUCGACCGUUUGUCUCUCCUUGCUCUGUCGGACUUUCGGAGCAGCUUCCAGGUGUCAUCAGUGAUUUUUCACUGCAUCAAGAAAUUUGCAGAUGAAAAUCAUACAGACAGGCCCCUACACAUAUUUGGUCUCAGAGCCACUGCUCCCUACAGCCAAGUUCUGAAGACACACAGGUUCAAACAGCAUCCUGUUGCUGAGUCUGUUGAUUUCAAGAACUUAAAGGAAGAAAUUAAGCCUAAGACUAUUGAGGAGGAGUUUGACAUCUUGUCCUCCAUGUCAAAUUAUCACUGGAAGAUCGAUCGUUCCGUGCAUAUGUUGCAGUAUUUUUCCACUGGUGACAUCAAGACAAGGAAGUCUCCUGCUUCAAUUAGGAAUAAAAUAAUAUAUGCCUUAAGAGCAGGUUGCCAAGACAAAUACAGAAGCAGUGUGAAGAUGCUUUCUGACCAAUACAUCUCAAUCUUACCCUGGGCUCCAAGGCUGGUUAAGAAACGGCACAGUGAUGAACUUGUUGGGAGAGUGAAACGCUUUGCCAAUUCUUUCAUUCUACCAAAGCCCACAGUCCCAAAUGUCACUCUUGACAACUCAUUGAGAGGCCUUCAAACUGUUGAAGAUGGCACUACUCUGCAUCCGGGCCCUCAGAAACAAAGCCUCCUUGCUAACCCUGUGAGGAGAGAAACCUGUCCUGUCAUUCUACCAAAGCCAAUUGUCACUGGUGUCACUCAACCUACAUCACUGCUCACCAACUCAUCAAUAGGCCCCAGUCAAGAUGGGUCUACUCUGCAUCAGGGUCCUAAGAAAAGAUGCCUCCUGGCUAACCCUGUGAGGAGAGAAACCUGUUCUGUCAUUCUACCAAAGCCAAUUGUCACUGGUGUCACUCAACCUACAUCACUGCUCACCAACUCAUCAAUAGGCCCGAGUCAAGGUGGGUCUACUCUGCAUCAGGGUCCUAAGAAAAGGUGCCUCCUGGCUAGCCCUGUGCGGAGAGAGACACCAGUAACUUUUAACAAUUCUGUCAUUCUACCAAAGCCCACAGACACAACUCGUGUCAGUCAAACUACAUCACUCCUCACCAACUCAUCAAUAGGCCCGAGUCAAAAUGGCUGUUCUCUCCAUCAAGGUCCUAAGAAACAAAGCCUUCUUUCUUAUGCUCUGAGGAAAGAAACCUUUGACAAUUCUGUGAUUCUACCGAAGCCCACAGUCACCACUAGUGUCACUCAACCUACAUCACUGCUCAACAACUCAUCAAUAGGCCCGAGUCAAGAUGGCUCUACUCUGCAUAAGGGACCUGCAAAAAGGAAAUGCCUGCUCACUAAGCCUGUCAGGCACCCACCAGUAACUGUUAACAAUUCUGUGAUUCUACCAAAGCCCACAGACGCAACUCGUGUCACUCAACCUACAUCACUCCUCAACAACUCAUCAAUAGGCCCGAGUCAAAAUGGCUGUUCUCUCCAUCAAGGUCCUAAGAAACAAAGCCUUCUUUCUAAUGCUCUGAGGAAAGAAACCUUUGACAAUUCUGUGAUUCUACCGAAGCCCACAGUCACCACAAGUGUCACUCAACCUACAUCACUGCUCAACAACUCAUCAAUAGGCCCGAGUCAAAAUGGCUCUACUCUGCAUAAGGGACCUGCAAAAAGGAAAUGCCUGCUCACUAAGCCUGUCAGGCAAGACCCACCAGUAACUGUUAACAAUUCUGUGAUUCUACCAAAGCCCACAGUCACCACUAGUGUCGCUCUACCUACCAACUCAUCAAAAGGCCUUAGUCAAAAUGGCUCUACUCUGCACCAGGGCCCUAUACAAAUGAAAUGCCUGCCCACUAGGCCUCUGGUGGGAGACACGUCAGUAACCUUUAACAAUUCUAUCCUUCUACCUCUGUCGACAGUCACUACUAGUGUCGCUCUGUGUCAGGAUAAUUCCUUCAGAAAGGAAGUAAGUCAUGAUUGUUAUAUCCAAAGAGGAAUGUUCAAGUCGCUGUCAUUUUGUAAAGUGACACUGCUUCACGAAGAAGAUGAUGAUAACACACUUCUUCAGUAUUCUUGGAUUUAGUGUUCCUCAAAAGGUUACCAUGGUUACUGUGUGCAAGGGUUGGGUGGAUCCUGAGUAGGACCCGGGUACACACAGGACUACCCAUGGACCCAUGGUUAGUCAUGUGGUAUAUGAUUUAAUGACAAUACACCAUGGUUAUACUACAAGUCACUAAUGUUCGCCUUUCAUCUUGAAUGUGCACCCAUUCCUUUUGAUAUUUAGGGGCGGUCGGGUAGCCUAGUGGUUAAAGCGUUUGCUCGUCACGCUGAAGACCCGGGUUCGAUUCCCAACAUGGGCACAAUGUGUGAAGCCCAUUUCUGGUGUCCCCCGCCGUGAUAU